UCCAGGUUUUCUUUCCCAGACACUGGGGUCCUCGCCGCCGCUGCUGCUGAACUUCGCAAUCAUAUGACUUUCUCCGACUUAAAUGGAAAUUUCUUGACAGAGGGAACUGGGUUUGUUUUCCCAGGCUUCGCGCCUCAGUCAGGCGGAGUCCCGGGCAGCUCGCUCACCGCGGAGGAGCCACUUUGGAGUUUUACGCCCUUUCCACACCCCACCCAUGGGCUGGAAAGGAUGUUCAGUUACUCGCGGGCUUGUCUGAUACUGGGAUGGAAAGUCACAGUACGCAGGCUGGAGUGAGGCGCGGGAAGAUGCCUGGUCCUUGCCUCGCGGACUCUGAGGCCGCCUCCUUCGGGUCUGUUCACUGAACUGCUGAGGACUCGCGGGUGCGCGGGGACCCGAGUGCCACUGCCUGGAGCGUUACCUUGCGCUCCAGCCCCCAGUCUAGCUAAUACCUGGAGAGCAGGGCUGUUCCCGCUCCCACCCCUUGCGGAAGGAUGGCAGGAUCCGGCGCAGCAACGUAGCGGCGGGAGAGCACAGCGACCUGCGUCUCCAGUUUCUCUUCAGGACACAAGAUUGACUUCACCUUCCGGACAGCUGCAAAGCUCCUGCCAGAACCAAACCAAAUUCGCACCUCGGAGAGGGGCUUCUGGAGCCGAUUCACUGCAGGGCGUGGGGAGGAGGAGAGAAGGAAGAAAGGGGGAACCUGAGGCUGGGUGUGCGCGCGAGGGAGCGCGCCUCGGAGCGCCCCGCAGUCCCCCACUGCAUCCCCGGGGGCACUUCAGGAAUGAGGGAGCAAGAGAAACCCUCUCAAAGUGACGCCUCAAACAGGUCCGGAUUUAGAAUUCGAAGCUAAAGGCGGUUAGAAAUUGGGACUCCUCGGCCUCCUUUGCAGCCCCUCCUCUCCCGCCCCGAAGCCCGGGCGGUUCGCUGGCUGCCUGCUUCCCCGCCCCCGGCUCGGAGGUCUCUAGCUGGCGGGCGCCCCGUCGGCUGCCAGCUUCCUCCUUGAAACCCGCCGGCGCACAUGAGGCCGCUGCCCCCGCCGCAGGCGCUGGCGGCCCCCUCGCGGUGCCCGUGGUGAUGCCAUGCCCCGCCACCACGCGGGAGGAGAGGAGGGCGGCGCCGCCGGGCUCUGGGUGAAGAGCGGCGCAGCGGCGGCGGCGGCGGGCGGGGGGCGCUUGGGCAGCGGCAUGAAGGAUGUGGAGUCCGGCCGGGGCAGGGUGCUGCUGAACUCGGCAGCCGCCAGGGGCGACGGCCUGCUACUGCUGGGCACCCGUGCGGCCACGCUCGGUGGCGGCGGCGGUGGCCUGAGGGAGAGCCGCCGGGGCAAGCAGGGGGCCCGGAUGAGCCUGCUGGGGAAGCCGCUCUCCUACACCAGUAGCCAGAGCUGCCGGCGCAACGUCAAGUACCGGCGGGUGCAGAACUACCUGUACAACGUGCUGGAGAGACCCCGCGGCUGGGCGUUCAUCUACCACGCGUUCGUUUUUCUCCUUGUCUUUGGUUGCUUGAUUUUGUCAGUGUUUUCUACCAUCCCUGAGCACACAAAAUUGGCCUCAAGUUGCCUCUUGAUUCUGGAGUUCGUGAUGAUUGUCGUCUUUGGUUUGGAGUUCAUCAUUCGAAUCUGGUCUGCGGGUUGCUGUUGUCGGUAUAGAGGAUGGCAAGGAAGACUGAGGUUUGCUCGAAAGCCCUUCUGUGUUAUAGAUACCAUUGUUCUUAUUGCUUCAAUAGCAGUUGUGUCUGCAAAAACUCAGGGUAAUAUUUUUGCCACGUCUGCACUCAGAAGUCUCCGUUUCCUACAGAUCCUCCGCAUGGUGCGCAUGGACCGAAGGGGAGGCACUUGGAAAUUACUGGGUUCGGUGGUUUAUGCUCACAGCAAGGAAUUAAUCACAGCUUGGUACAUAGGAUUUUUGGUUCUUAUUUUUUCAUCUUUCCUUGUCUAUCUGGUGGAAAAGGAUGCCAAUAAAGAGUUUUCUACAUAUGCAGAUGCUCUCUGGUGGGGCACAGUAAGUAUAAAAAUAUGUUUUUAUUUAUUGGAUGUUGUGAAAUGGUUUUUUUUUAAUACAAUGUAAUGGUUCCUAUGGAGGGUCUCAAUAAAAAUAUCAACUUGCAAAAGAGAGUUAUGUGGAAAAUAUACUACUUAUAAUUGUCUAAAGGCUUUCCACAUCUUUUUGGGCCAACUAUGGUCUCUUGUAAACCAUCAUUAAUAUUUCUUGAGUACUAGCUUGUUGCCAAAAUAAAAAUAUAUAAAUAUAUAUUAUUUUUUGAAUGGUGAUUAAAACAUUGAUAGGUUGCUUAUUUGUUUUAACUUUAUGGAGCACAAAUUGAAAUUAUUAAUUGUUAUAUUGAUUUUUCACUCUUCAAAAGUUUAUCUGGGUUUAAAAAAUGAACGGAAGCUCUGAAUAAAAUUGCAGCAAUGAAAAAGAAGACUGGUAACCAUCUGUGAGAUCAGAGAUUAUAGACAUCUAAUUUCAGAACUUUCCUCUCAAAACCUGCUUUUUAUUUAUAUUGUUAUUAAAGAAUAAUUUUCCAAAAAAAUAAAGUAAAAUCAUGAUUCUCACAUAAAUAGAAAGUUAACACAUGCUAAACAUUUUAUUUAACUCAUUUUUAAAAUUUAAGUCAUUAAUAAUGAAGAAACCAGUGAGAUGUUAAAACCGGUUCAAAGCACUAUCAAAAGAACAGGAACAUUUAAAGAUCAGGAAUAUUGAAAUCAAUGUGCAAAUAGAGGCAAAACUGGCUCCUUCCACAGUGUGGGAGGGAAGUCAGUUAAACCUCCACUAGGCAGAAUUUAUUUACAUGUCCAUAGGCAAGAAUUAUUUUGCAUUGCUACCAGUUAUCAACAACUUACAGAGCUGUAAAAUAGCUAAAAGGCUAUGAAAAGAGCAGAGCCCUGUGAAAUCAGAAUCCAAAACCCUGGAAGGGCGUACUCUGAACAACACAUAGUUUUCCACUGAAGCAAAAAUUUUCCCUGCAUUGUAAAGAAUUUAUA